AUGAGCUGUGCAACAGACAUCGCAGCGAUCGUUCAGGGACAGAACGUCGACGCUCUCGCCACCGCAAAAAUCGAGGACCUACUGUCCAAGUAUGCAGCACUUCCGGAGGAUGAGAGGAACAAUCAACGGACAUCCUACCUUGCCCAAGUUUUCCCUCUUGUUUUCGGUGAAAAUGCCAUCUUCCAGGCAUCCGAUGAGUAUGAUUCUCAACGCCAAGUGCCCUGGUCAAUAAAUUGCUGGCUCCAGCCAUUAGUUGUGGUCACAGCAACGUCAGCACAAGAAGUCGCAACUGCCCUUGCUCUCUGUCGUUUCUUCGACGUUUGCUUCUCUGUUCGCGGCGGCGGCCACCUACAGAACCCCGGGUUCACCAGUAAUAAUGGCGGAGUGGUCAUCUCCUUGAGCAAAUUCAAUCAUGUCAAGCUGUCUGACGACAAGUCUACUGCUGAUGUAGGUCUCGGGCUGAGAUGGCUUGACGUCUAUAAGGCUCUCGACCCUCAUGGGCUGGCAGUGGCAGGAGGUCGGAUUUCAACAGUUGGCGUUCCCGGUCUUCUCCUGGGAGGAGGGAUUUCCUUUCAGAACAGUCAAUAUGGAGUGGGCGCAAUGGGCGUGUCUAGUUAUGAGGUUGUCCUCGCAGACUCAAGCAUUGUCAAUGCCAAUGCUCAGGAGAAUGCAGACUUAUUUUGGGCUCUCAAGGGAGGCGGUCCUAACUUCGGCAUCGUAACCAAGAUGGAUCUAGUGACGGUGCCCACCGAGUCUUGGGCCGAAGCUCGUGUAUACCCCCCAACAGCCUACCCCGAGCUCGCCAAGAGCCUCAUAAAGUACCAAGAAGCAAUUGAAGUCGACAACAAGGCAUCCCUCGUCUGGCAUGCUACCAGCCAAGCAAUCCUUCUCGUAUUCUUCUACUGUGCCCCUAUCGAGAAGCCUGCUGCAUUCCAGUCAUUUUACGAUAUUCCCUUCUUGAUGAACUUUGUGCCUCCGGGCACUCGCUCAAUUUAUGAGCUCGUCCAGGCGGUUGCCUCAGUCAUUUCACCCGAAGUUUUGCAUCAUGAGUUCCGAACCAUGUCCAGUCGGCCCUGCUUAGAGCUGUACGAAGCAACCGAGAAAGUCCGCCGAGAGCAACAGGAGGCUUUGAGCGAUGUUGAAGGGCUUGUCUUGACCAACGUCUUCCAACCCAUGUCCUCUUUAGCUAUGAAGCAGAGUCAGAAAAAUGGUGGUACGCCCCUUGGAUUAGAAGCAGUGGGCCAGCAGUGGUUUCUGUCAAUGGCCGAUUGGAAAAAUGCCGAAGACGAAGAUCGCGUCCGCGAAGCAGUCCGCAAGAUUGUGGAUGUUGCUGAAACGACAGCAAAGCAGGCAGGCGCGUAUCUUCCGUACCGGUAUUCCAACUAUGCAUCUCGCGAUCAAGACCCACUAUCCAGCUAUGGUGCUGAGAAUGUAGCAAGGCUCAAGAGCAUUGCUGCGAAGUAUGACCCUGAUGAGGUUUUCCAGAAGCUGCAGAAUGGUGGAUGGCUGCUUUCGAAAGUAGGAUCUCACACAAGGUCUGUCAAGUUGACAUAA